AGAACAUUGCACAGACAUUGGGCACACUUAGCAUAUGGGUACAUCCAGCAUGCCUUACGCUCAAUGUGUCGGUUCAGGUCAAGGCUCGCAAUACCGAAGAUUCUCAAUGCAAAAGCCGUCUGCAUACCGCGGUAAUGAUUUGCCAGGUUGUAGACUCUCUAGGCAGUCCAAUGUGAAGGUCCGUGCCUCCUUCUCACCAGUUAGCCUGGGAGAUAGUAAAGUCCUCGUAGCGGGCGCGACCGGUGGCACCGGCAACAAUGGAGCUGGCGGUACCACCCACUCCACCGCAGCGCCCACGGGCCCCCUAGCGGCCGAGGUGGAGGAGGUGUGGGGCGAUGUGACGCAGUACGGCAGUCUGCCUCCCGCAAUGGAGGGUUGUACGGCAGUGGUGUGCUGCACGGGAGCGCGGGACGCGAGUGACCCGCUGGGUCCCUUCAAUGUGGAUUACCAGGGCACCCUCAACCUUAUUGCAGCCGCCAAGCAGCUCGGUGUACGACACUUCGUGCUGGUCAGCAGCAUUGGUGCGGACGACCUGCUGAACCCGCUGAACCUGUUCUGGGGCGUGCUGUUCUGGAAGAAGCGCGCAGAGGCGGAGCUGCAGCGCAGCGGACUGCCGUACACGAUUGUACGGCCGGGCGGGCUGAAGAGCAAGCUGAAGCAGGGUGAGUCAGCGGGCAGCAUCGUGAUGGCAGCUCCCGGCACAUUCGGCUUCCCGCCCGGCAAGAAGAGCGGCAGCAUCCUACGAAGCCAGGUGGGCCCCGUACGGCCGUGCUUAGAGCCGGCCCCUUUACUUCGCCGGCAGCCGCAACAAGCAUGUGGGGCAUAACCGACCCACGGGUCACAUACGACGACAAACCCUCGACUACGCACCCUUGCCAUCCUUCCCAGGCUCCUAGCGAUCUCUUCCACGCAGCAUCGCCCCAAUUCACACAUGCCGCCUGCUGCGUAAUCCUCACCCUGCAGCCCCAUGAUGAUGCCUUAUCACACGAC